GGUUUGGAAAGCUAACAGUUUCAAGGAACUGUUGAAGAAAGUAAACACCAGGUUUGAGAUCAGAUAUUUAAAGGAAUUUUCAUCGUCAGACUUGAGCCUUCUUGUUCUUGGAGAAUGCUCGUCAGUGAGGAUGCAUUGGUGUAUGUGAUAGUGGGGUUUAUCAUUGCCUUUAUUUUGGCAUUUGGAAUCGGAGCAAAUGAUGUUGCCAAUUCAUUUGGGACAUCUGUGGGUGCUAAAGUACUUACCCUUCGACAAGCAUGCAUCCUAGGAACAAUCUUUGAAAUAGCUGGUGCCAUCCUAAUAGGUUAUCGAGUGUCGGAUACCAUACGAAAGGGUAUAAUAGAUGUUUCUCUCUACAACAAUGGGUCAGAGACGCUGCUUCUUGCAGGCAAUGUUGCUGCAUUGUCAGGAUCAUGUGUGUGGUUGUUUGUGGCAACAUUGCUAAAACUGCCUGUAUCCACAACCCAUAGUAUUGUUGGGGCCACGGUUGGAUUCUCCCUUGUUGCCCACGGUAUCCAGGGUAUAAACUGGAAAAAGAUAGGCCUCAUUGUGGGAUCCUGGUUUGUCUCCCCUCUCAUGUCUGGCAUAAUUACUGUCUUUUCAUUUUGGAUCGUCAAGAAGCUCGUAUUGAAACGGGAUGAUCCCUUUUCUGCUGGGCUUCAAAUGUUGCCAGUCUUCUAUGCUUUUACAACAGCUGUUAAUGCAUUUUCUGUAUUCUACAAAGGAUCGAGUCUUCUCAAGUUUGACCAGAUUCCACUGUAUGGUGUGCUUAUCCUGACGUUUGGACUGGCCUUCAUAGUUUCUCUGAUUAUUUUCUUCUUCUUUGUGCCACGCUUAAGGGCAAAAAAAUUGACUGUGGAGGAAGAAGGUGAAAGUCCUGAUGGAAGUAUAGUCUUGGAGAAAGCUGUAGAGACGGCGCUGUCGCCAGAUGAACAACAAAAAAUGCUUACAAAAGAUGUGGAAGCAGCUAACGUCAUUGAUGUUCAAUUAGAUGUUGAUAUUGAAAACAAAGAAAAUAUCGGAAGAAAGAAAGAUGGCGAGAAAACUCCUCUGAAAGAGAAAAGUGCUCCAUCGGGGAUACUGAUUGAAAAGGAUACAAACAUUGAUGUGAUACUAGCAGAAGCACAUGGAAUCACACCAAGUUUGACUCCUAACGGGAAAGCCAUGAGUAAUGGCCCCUCCCCUCAAGGCAGUAUCACUCCCUUGCUAUUCCGCGAGUCCAACUCCACAUUCUCUAGUCGUAAGCUACUGCAAGACAAUUUUGAUGGCAGUCCAGGCAGUAGCAGUAAAGAUUCCAGUACAUCAGACUUGGAAAAAGGACGUGAGCAGUUGAAAGAUGAACCCAAAACUGCCAAAUUAUUUUCAUUCCUACAAGUUCUCACAGCUGUGUUCGGUUCCUUCGCUCAUGGAGGAAAUGACGUCAGCAAUGCUAUUGGACCACUUGUUAGCAUCUGGAUCAUUGGUACCCAGGGUAACGCACUUCAGAAGGCCGAGACCCCUCUGUGGAUCCUCAUCUUUGGAGGAGCAGGGAUCAGUAUUGGACUUUGGGUGUGGGGCCGAAGAGUCAUACAAACGAUGGGAGAGGAUCUCACAAAGAUCACCCCAUCAAGUGGUUUCUGUAUAGAAGUUGGAUCAGCAUUGACAGUGCUUAUCGCCUCCAACAUCGGGAUACCGAUCAGUACCACGCAUUGCAAGGUGGGCUCAGUGGUUUGUGUGGGCCGUUAUAGGUCAAAGCAAAAUGUGGACUUCAAGCUUUUCAGGAACAUAGUUCUAGCUUGGUGUGUGACUUUGCCUGUAGCAGGCGGAAUCAGUGCCGGAAUUAUGGCAAUUAUCAUGCAAACUUUAUGAUAAAGGUGUUCAGGUGGCGUGAGUGUGGAUAUGACUGGGCUUAAACUUCAAAAUCUUCCUCAUAUUUGACAUGUUCUUUUACUGUAAAACACUGGAUUGAGGUAAAGUGUACAACAAUCUCGAGAAAAGAAAAGCAGAUCUUCAAAUAAAUCAGAGUUGUUGUCCAAAUAAUUUGUAAUGACGACCUCAACUCAGAUUGGUCAUUUUAACUCAGCCUUUUUAAAUAGAUAUUCAUCAAUUAAUGAUGUACUGUCAUGGCAUUGAAAAUAUUGGUCAUUUAUUCAGUGUCUGUGCUGUUAAAUAUUAACGAAGGCCCUUGCAUGCUGAUUCUUAUAUAGUCCCAUAUCAUUUCUUGUAAUUGACACAAAGUCAUUUAUAUUAAAACAAACAUAGCAGUCAUUCUAGAAAUUGAUCGAUAACUCGAUGGAGACCUAUUGAUCCUAGGAUGCAAUAAGCUUUUGGUAACUUUCGCCUUCUUGUAACUGUUCACCUAGUAUUCAAUUACAAGUGACUGUUCUACACGAUCUGUUUCAGUUACAAACACUUGGUAGACAGGUACGCUUUUAAAAAAUGCAAUAUCAUCUUGUAUUGGUAUGCUACUUUUUUUUUUCAUUCUGCCAAUUUUUUUCCCCCAUCCACAUAUAAGCCGCAUGCCAAACUCGUGAGCAAAAAAAAAAUGCUGCUUAUGAUCCAGAUAAUACAGUAAACAUUUCAGGAUCUGAGGAAGAUUUUGAAGCCUGAGCUAGGAUCUAGAAUAAAUUAUAUUGUCAGGAUGUGUGACAUAGUUUUCUUACAAAAUUGAAGUGAUAAAAUUGUCUUGCAGUCUGUCUUGGCAGGCAUAUUCAGAAAAAAAUUAAAGUACAAAGUAUACUUUGACCAAAUCAUGUUUUCACCAGCGAAAUUAUAAUAUUAACUUAAAUGUUACAAAAGUAAAUUUCAUGUCUAUAGCAAUAGUAUACAAUAAAUGCUUUCAUUUUGUUGCAGAUAUUGUAUUUAUUGUUAACUUGUAAGUGUUUCACCAGUCCAACCAUUUUCAGUGUUAUUCAAUAUCUAAUGCAGUGCUUGAGAAAAUUGCCUCAAUGUACUCUUUCCCUGAUGAUGUGGUUAGCGUUAAUUAUUCUUAGACAGUACAUCACUUAUAAAAGUCUUUACCCUUGUCAAGUUUUGUACUUCAAGCAUCACUACAGUGCUGGCUUCGUAGUAGUCCAUGAAUACACCAUACAGGUGAAAAAGUAUUCAAGUACAUUUUUUGAAGUUGAAGACAAUCGUGUAUGUAAUUAUCUGCCCUAGGUGGAUUAAGGGAAUAAGUCCUUCGUAAGUAAAAUACUUGUGUUUCCAUUGUUAAACCAAAUACAUUUUUGGGCCUUCUUAACAGUGAAUGUUUCUUUUUUUUUUUUAAUUUUUAACAAUUUCCAUAAUAGGAUGAUUAAAAGUCAAAAGUACUUGAAUUUAUAGCCAAGAGUAAAAAAAAAUAUUUUAAGAAUUCAAGAUUUCUCUACCAAAAUCCACUUUUGAUCUGACAUGUUUGGAAGAACAUAAUAUGAUUUCAUUUGGCCUUUACAGGAUUACAAAUUAGUUUGAAAGAUGAUUCCCCCCCAGAUAUUUGUGUUUAUUGAUAAACUUCAUCUUCAGAAUGAUUCUGUCUUAAUAGAUACCGAGUUAACAUCAGUGUUUAAUAUAAUUAACGGCUUCUGGACUUUACUAUCGAAAGAUCUUUAAUCAAUAUAUACAACAUCAUAAGAAGCGAUAUUAACCAAAUCAGGGGUUAAUGAAGACAUGUCAACCUCAAUGGAAGUUAAUAACUGCCAGACUGACCAGGGGACAAAAAUGCAUUCCUCCAAUCAAGUGUAACAUUACAAAACAGCUUCAUUAAUAAAUCAUACAUAAAAUAUUUAUCUACAUAGAAAUACACAUUGGCAAGAGAAAUUAUCAUUUUUAUUGUGGUCAAAAACAAGAAAGCUAACAGAACAUGCAUGUAAAUAAAUCAUGUGAUGUGGGGAUAUUUAGACUUUAGAGGGAAAAGAGCUUUUCAAUUGGUAACAUGUUCUCUAUCAAUAAGUAAAUGUUUGCAUAAUUUAAGAUGUAUAUAAGUAUCCAUUCAUCAUGAGAAAUUUUCUGAAGUUAUUCUUUGUUUUUGUCUAUCAUGGUGCCAUGUACUGGCACCUGUAACAGAUACACUUUGUAGAUAUUUUAAUUUUAUGUAACUCAGAUACACCUUUUUUUCUGUAUUUGUUGAGUGCCAUCAUCAGUUAUAAUUCAAUACCAUUUAAUGUUCUAUUACUGUGUAAUGAUUUUCUGUAUAAAGAGUACUUAAAGAAUCAAUAUUCUUACUAUAAGAUUGGUGAAAAAGACGACUGUAGGGAUACAUUUUAGCGCUGAUACAUUAUCACUGUUCACACAAAAUGCGAUAUAUCGGAACAAUUAAAUAUGAAGUAAUUUCAAACCAAGUGUAUCUGACAUGUAUACUUUCCAACAGAAUUAAAGAAAAAACAUGUAGACAGAGAGCAGCCUUUUGGCUCCUGAUGGUUAUUCAGGUCUUGAUCAGGAGGCGAUAGGUUUGAUUACCAUCUAAGUGACUAUGUUAAUUGGUGUGCUGUAGUGUAUGGAAAUACCAAAGAGAUGUCAUAAAGAGUGCUGUAUAUAUUGCAUUGAGAUGAAUUAUAAUGCAAUAAUUGCAUACUUGGGUUUUUUGAUAAACAAAGAAGUAUUACAUCGUAAAUUCAUAUGAAAUAAUGUGUUUUGGACUGCAUCUUUGACCUUAUACAUGUUUGAGUGUAAGAACACAGAAUUUGUUCCAAAUCCAGGCAUUAUGCCUGUUUGAGUGUAAGAACACAGAAUUUGUUCCAAAUCCAGGCAUUAUGCCUGUUUGAGUGUAAGAACACAGAAUUUGUUCCAAAUCCAGGCAUUGCUCUUGAGAAGUGAUUCUCUGAGAAACACUAGUCAUUAAUGUACACAUGUAUGUAUAAAUAUGAGUGUCAUUGAAAACUUUUUAAAACAUUGGCAGAUACAGGAAAUAUUAAAAAAAUUUAAAACAUCAACUUAUACAGGAAAUGUUCAAACUUAAGAUCUUAAGCUACCAUUGCACAUUUUUUAGGAUAUUUUGGUAAAGUAUAUAGCUAUGUUAAGUACACAAUUUUUUAGGAUAUUUUGGUAAAGUAUAUAGCUAUGUUAAGUACACAAUUUUUUAGGAUAUUUUGGUAAAGUAUAUAGCUAUGUUAAGUACACAAUUUUUUAGGAUAUUUUGGUAAGGUAUAUAGCUAUGUUAAGUACACAAUUUUUAGGAUAUUUUGGUAAAGUAUAUAGCUAUGUUAAGUACACAAUUUUUAGGAUAUUUUGGUAAAGUAUAUAGCUAUGUUAAGUACACAAUUUUUUAGGAUAUUUUGGUAAAGUAUAUAGCUAUGUUAAGUACACAAUUUUUUAGGAUAUUUUGGUAAAGUAUAUAGCUAUGUUUAGUAUUUCUAUUGACACAAAUGCUAUGUCUUUGUUUUAUUUCAUUUCUUUUUUCAAAUUUCAGUACAAUGAAAUAAUGAUUGACAUUGUGUAAAUGAGAAAUAUGGCCAGGUGGACUGUAGAACGGGUAGGAGAUAUCACUAUGUAGUUUUUAAUUGUCUGUAUCUCUAUGUGUAUGUGUGAUGCUUAAUUAAUGGAAGGAUUGAGUGAAGAUGACAGUUGUAGAGAAGAUACUGAAAAAAAUAUUGUACAAAUUCCACAUAUUCCUAAUUUAUAACUUGUAUAAAUAUAUUUUGGAAAAAAAUGUAAAGAUUUUAGAUUUAAGUUAUGUCAUAUGCCACGAAUAAUAUAUCCCUUUUAUCAUGGGUAUUGCUAACAUUUUCAAGCUUGGGUAGUCAGUCCUGCUUGUAAGCUACAUUUACCUUAAUUUGUUGGAUUAAACACUUUCAAUAGUUUGAUCAAGAUGUUGAAUUUUUGCAUGUCUGCAUUUCAGAAUGAUAAAUUCAAAAAAUUAUGGACCAUUAUUUUUUACUGCCAGGGCAGGAUAACUCUUUUAGCAGUACCCUUUGUAUUGUAGUACUAUGUACAGUGUAAUGCUAAUAUCAUAUUUGAGUGGCUUUACUUUUUUCAUAAUAAUUCAUUGGACAAGAAAAAAAAACCUGAAAAUAACAUGAAUCAAUAAAAAAAAAUACAUCCCCUUUCAUCAUCAAAACUGCAGAGAAUUGAUCCUACAAAAACAAACAAAAAAUGCUUUUCGUUUUCUGACAUCCAUCCAAUAAACUGUGUUGUCAGAGUUGUCCUGCUCAUACAGUUUUAUUUAAGUAAUCAUACACAUCCAACAUCAACAAUGAGAUAAUUAAGAGAUUGCUUUUCAACCAAAUUACCUCACCCUUAUUAAAUCAAACCUAUCCCUUGCAUUUGAAACGAAGGUGCUUUUUAAUGAUCGAUUACUGUGUGUAUGAAUCUCAUGUUACCUGGUGGUGUAGUAGCAUCUCGUUUCCUAAUUAGGAUUGAUUUAAUGUGAUAAUGCUGCCUCAUUUAAUUGGGAUAUCUGGCUUCGAGGGAGGAUUUACUUGGAAAUAUAUACUUCCCUUGUCAGCAUGUUCAAUUACCAACUGCCUUAAAAAUUGAAAAUUUAAAAUCUUAAAACCUUGAUUGUAGGCUGUUAAGAAAUAUCUUUAUUUGUCAAUUUCAAUGACUGAUUUAUAUCAGUCUGUUUUGAAUGAACUUCUAAUUUCUCAUCAAGAUAUUUAUCUUCAUCACAUCACAUUGAUUGGUGUUCAAUCAUUUGGACUUGCAUAGUUAUCUGCGUUAGUAAGCAUGUGUUAUGUCAUUAGUUUGCUUGAGAUAAUAACAAUUUUUCAAAAAUUUGUGCUGUUAUUCUCCAAAAAAAAAGGUGAUCACUUUACUGUUGAUACCUGCUCACAAGAGCAGAUAACUCUGUAGUUCAAAAAUACGAAAUUAUGUUCAUUUGUUCCUAUUACCUUUAGUUUUCAUGACUUUUGUUGAAAAUACUUCAUCUGCUGUUUACAUCAGUAUUAUUUGUGUGAUUUAUUGGUACAUUGUAGUAUUUUGUUUUUUUUUUGUCAUAACAUGGAAAUGGUUGUUAUAAUCUUAAAAUGACUUAGUUUCUGCUCAACUAUAUACACCAAUACUGUUCCUUAUAUUUCAUUGCAUUAUGAUCUUCAGGUUAAUUAAUUCAAUUAUAUUGAAAUUAUAUUUUAAUUUUUUAUCUUAGUAGAUGAUAAUACAGUGUAAACCAGUGUUUAACAUCAGAUAGAUUAUAGGAUCAUUCAUGUACAUAACUUGUAUCGUUUUCAAUUGGCUGUUACUACGUAUUUCUAAUUGUAUAUUUCACUCUGCAAUGACACAAUAUUAGCUUUGCCUCUUCAUUUAUCAUAAAAAAUUCUUGCUUCACUUUUUUAGCCAAAGUAAAAAUAGUUGUAAGGAGGAGAGUGACACAAAUAGUACUGAUAUUGAGUCUGUAAUUGAAUGUGUACUUCUGGAGUCUUUUUGUUUGUUUGUUUUGUUUUCUGUUUAAACCUCUUAUUUUCCUACUUGAAUAUUUGAUGUCUAUAUGUUUCUUUUUACUUUUUCUGUUUUCUCUCUCCAGCGCUAGGUUCUCCUUUGUCCCUAGCAUUGGAUGUUUUUAAGUUUUAAGAUAGACGGAUAACUAAAAUUGCAGAAUGUUUUUAGUGCUUUUUGAUGGAAGACUUUCUCAGGUAGAAUUAAAUCCGAAAGAAAUUUUGUCGCUACAAAACUGAAAAUCUACCUUAUAUGUCAUGUCUGUUUCCUAUUGGAGUUAUCCCUUUUGGCCUUGAUUUGAUAUUUUCCCCAAAAACUUGAGAGACAUAUUAUUUUGGAAACUAAACAGUAUUGUGCUUAAGUCAAUGAAAAUGAAUGUUUAAAAGUAUGUUAAAUUCAAUGAAGUGAAACUUUAAAAAAAAAAUUAUUCCUUUGUCACAUCAUAUAUAUAGAGUUUGUGGUGUUUCAAUACUCAAGGUCGAUAACCAUGGAAGAUGAAGACAUUGUGAUUAUAUCAAACAUCGGAAAUAAGUCAUUAGAGGCAGCUCACAUAUUUUUGUUUGUUUGUUUUUUCUGAUUUUAAUAAAUCUGGUAUCAUAGUGUAUCUUGUUAGUGCUAUGUAAAUUUGACCGGUGUAUAAUGUGGUUCUUUUGUGUUAUAUUUUCAUUGAUCAGUGUAUUGUAUUAUUUACGUUAUGCUGUAGUUGCCAAAUUCCUUAUUUAUAAUCAUCACAUUUUCACUUUAUCAUUUUCACUUUUCUUUUCAUAACAUUAUCUAGAAGAAAACUUCCUUUGCCUAAUAAGAACUUGUUAAUGUCAGAAAUGGAAAAAAAUAAUUGAUUUAAUAGUUUUGUGCUUAAAAUAUGUUUAAAAUUGUACAAUGCUGAAAAUGCUACAUUUGAUCUGUCUUGUUUUUUGCUAUGAUUUAUGACAAGUAUAAAAUCUCCUGACUACAAAGUGUUUCAAUAUGAUUUUACAGUACAAUGAUAAAUUUGUCUUUUACUACUUCAGGUAUGUGGGUGGGAUGGGCACAGAUUGGGUUUCCUAUGGUGGAUUAUGGUACACAGAUACUUAUAACUUAUACAAGUUAUAUCAUAUGAAUCCUCUUAUAAUGAUUGUUCUUUAUAUAUGGUAUUAAAUUUGCAGUGAAAGACAAGUACCAAUAUAUAUAUAUAUAUAUAUUUUUCUUUCUCUUUGUUCUGCUUCAUAGUUUGCCGGAUGUUUCAUAUACAAAUAUGGAUAAUUUCAUAUUUAUUCAAUAUUUUGGUAGGUCAUACAUACUUUUUAUAAGUAAAAUAUUCAAUGAUUUUAUCCAAAGCUGUAGUUUCAUUCCAUUUGAAAGCAACUUAUAUUACUGAAUUGUCUCCCAUGGAAGAAAUUACCUGCAGAUCUAAUUAGUUAUCUCCCUUUCUGAUACACCAUGGGGUUAUGGAGAAGUGCUAAUAUAACAUAUAGAUCUGAUUAGUUAUCUCCCUUUCUGGUACACCAUGGAGUUACAUAAAACUUAAAGUGCUACAUAAUAGGAUUAUCUCCCUUGUCUUUACACUAGGGUGCAACAUUAUAGUGCAGAACUAUUUUAUCACAGCUUUUAACAAAAUAUAGCAGCAUAAUGUCCUGUGAUCAGUUACAGGUAUAUAUUAUGUAGGUGUACUAGAGUGUUCCAUACAAAACAUAUCCACCUGUUUUGCUGUUUUUGUUAAGGAAUUUGCUGUUUUUAGUAUACAGUGAUUUGUAUGCAGCCAUCUGUUAUGUAUAUAAACUUAUUUUUUAUAAAA